UGGCAUCACGAAACCGCCAUAAAGAGUGUACCGAAGAAGACCUGAUGUUAUUGACACCUUCGCUACUAAUAACGCUUCAGUGAUAUUAAAAAGAUUUAUUCGUUUUCUAUUUAACUUAAUAACUUACAAUGUUAGGUAAAAAAAACAACAACAAUAAUAACACCUCGUUUGUAUCGGACAUUAUCAGGAGGGGGCGUGUUCUUUAUGUAAGGGCGCUUCUUUAGUGUGCUUCAGUAACGUUACAUGCAACACUUCUUUUUACUUUGCUACGAUCUUUCAUGAGUUUAGUAGCUGUUGUUUGUGAAGACUUCCUCAAAGUAGAGCUGUGAUUUAAAGAUUUGUCACAGUCAGGUAACUUUAUAGGAUUCAGUGGCACAAAACACAACACAUCUCAUCUAGGGUUUCUGCGGUAAAGAUGGCAGCCUCUUUGCUCAGGGUAGGACGACUCGGAUCUCUCAGGUGUCUGCAGACGGAGGGCUUGAGUUCCAUCAGAAGAGCUCCUGCUGUAGCUUUCAGCUCCAAAUCUGGGGACAGCAAGAAGUCCAAAAAGUCCAACAAAGAAAAAGCAGCAUCAAAAACGUACUUCGAUUUAGAAAAACUUGUCCAGCACAGAUCAUAUGUGGAAUUCCCCAAGAAAGAGGUUGCAGCUUCAGUUGCUGCUGCCUCUACAGAAGCUGCAUCUGUUGCUGCCCCUGCACCUGAACCAGUUGUAACUGCCACUGCAGUUGAAGCCGCUGCGCCUGCAGCUGAAGCCACUGCUCCCAUAGCUGAAGCCAUUGCCCCUGCAGUCGAAGCCUCUUCCCCCACAGUUGAAGCCACUGCCCCCGCAGGUGAAGCCAUUGCUUCUGCAGCUAAAGACGUUGCCCCCGCAGUUGAAGCCAUUGCCCCCGCAGUUGAAGCCGCUGUCCCAGCAGUCGAAGCCACCCCUGCAGUUGAAGCCGCUGCUCCCACAGUUGAAGCCGCUGCUCCCACAGUUGAAGCUGCUGCCCCUGCAGUUGAAGCCAUUGCCCCCGCAGUAGAAGCCGCUGUCCCAGCAGUCGAAGCCACCCCUGCAGUUGAAGCCGCUGCUCCCACAGUUGAAGCCGCUGCUCCCACAGUUGAAGCUGCUGCCCCUGCAGUUGAAGCCAUUGCCCCCGCAGUAGAAGCCGCUGUCCCAGCAGUCGAAGCCACCCCUGCAGUUGGAGCCGUUGCUCCUGCAGCUGAAGCCAUUGCCCCCACAGUAGAAGCCGCUGUCCUAGCAGUCGAAGCCACCCCUGCAGCUGAAGCCGUUGCUCCCACAGCCGAAGCUGUUGCAGCUGAAGCCAUUGCGCCUACACCUGAGGCCACAGUUACCCCUUCAGAAACCAUUGCUGAAACUGCAUCCCCUGCAGCUGAAACUGCGGCUCCUGAAGCCCCUGCUGCUCCAGCCUGUGAAGAUGUACCUACAGAAGAAGCCCCUGUCCAAGAAGCAGUUGCUGAAGUUGUAGAAGCUGUCAGUGAAGUAGUUGCAGAAGUUGUGGCCGAAGCUGCCCCAGUUGUAGAGGCUAUCACUGAAGUAGUUGCAGAAUCUGCCCCUGUUGAGGUGUUUGCAGAGGCAGCCCCUGCUGAAGAGCUGAUAGAUCCUGCCCCUGUGAUCACAGAUGCCUCUGAAGUUGCAGCAGAAGUUGUGGAGACAUCUGAGGCUGGACUGGACCCCAUUCAGAAACUUUUCCUAGAUUCAAUUCGCUCAUACUCCACAAAAAGCGGUGCCACUGGUGGUCUAGUUGAUGCUGGUCCAGAGUAUCAGAAGGCUCUUGCUGAGGAAAUAACUAAACUGCAGCGGUUGUACGGUGGUGGUGAUCUGUCUUCCUUCCCAGAGUUCAAAUUCCCUGAGCCUAAAUUUGAUGAAGUGUCCUCCAAGUAAACUUCUGUUGUCCUCUCCUGUGCCUCAGUGCGAUUUUGUGAAAGACGUCUACUAAAUGACUUGUCUUUAAUCUGUAAAAGUGAACAUUUAGUGAGAUUUAAAAUUUUGUGAGAUUCUAAAUACUAAAUAGCUAUUUUUCAAAAAUGUCUGAUGGAAAAAUCUACCUGUUUCCCGUAUAACGCACAUGUGGAAGAGAGCAUAGCUUAGCUGUGAAAUAAAUGCUUGUUGCUUUUCAUAAUGUUUGUGAGUUUAAAAUAUAUGGGGAAAGAGCUGAAUAAACUGAGCCACACAUGUUCUGUCGGGUCUGGAUGUUUUAUUUUUAGAAAUGAUUUGAAUAAAAUGCAUUUG